CCUACCCAAACAACCCUUUUCCCCUACACCUAUAAUUAUCUUCUAUUUUGAUAACAUUUUUUUAUCAUUUCUCUAGAUUUAGGUCAUCUUCUCUUAGACUUUUAAUCACCCAUUAAUCCUUAUAUAUAUCUUGCUUAACCCUCAUUUUAAUAGCUUAAUUACAAAAGAUUAGUCACAAAUUAUGGCAAGUAUAGAGAUGGAAAAUGAGAGAUUAAUGGCAGAAAUGGCGUUUAAAGAUGAAGCGUCAGUUGUUAUUAAAAUCCGUCGUAAAUUACCUGAUUAUCUUCAGUCAGUAAAGCUCAAAUAUGUCAAAUUAGGGUUAGGAUAUUCUUUUAAAUCUCCUACUUCUAUAUUUGUAUUUAUUGUCGCUUUACCACUUUUACUUUCUAUAUUGAUUCAACUUAUGGGUCUAAAAAUGGACCGGGUUUCUGAUUUAUGGACGAACCGGACUGUUUUUGUUGACACCGCGACGGGUGUUACUGGUUUGGUUGUCUUGCUUGUUGCAUUGGGAGUUUAUUGGGUGAACCGGACUAGACCGGUUUAUCUUGUUGAUUUUGCCUGUUAUAAACCGGUGGAUGAGAGGAAAUUAUCGGUUGAGUCAUUUCUUAAAAUGACGGAAGAUUGUGGGGCUUUUAAUGAUGAAACAGUUCAUUUCCAAAAAAGGAUUGCAACCCGGUCCGGUUUAGGUGAUGAGACGUAUUUUGCAAGGGGAAUUACGUCUAAACCGCCUAAUUUGUCGAUUUCGGAAGCUCGAGCUGAGGCGGAGGAAGUUAUUUUUAACACGGUUGAUGCUCUUUUUGAGAAAACCGGAUUUAGACCGGAGGAUAUUGAUAUUGUGAUUGUAAAUUGUAGUUUAUUUAACCCAACUCCAUCCCUUUCUUCUAUGAUUGUAAACCACUACAAAUUAAAGCCCACAGUCAAAACCUAUAAUUUGGGAGGAAUGGGCUGCAGUGCGGGCCUUAUAUCCAUUGAUUUAGCCAAACAUUUACUCAAAGCCCGGCCCAAUUCUUAUGCCUUGGUUUUUAGCACUGAAAAUAUUACCCAAAAUUGGUAUUUUGGCAAUGACAAAUCCAUGCUUUUAUGCAAUUGUAUUUUCCGCAUGGGUGGGGCCGCUGUUUUAUUAUCAAACAAGUCAAAGGAUCGUGGUGUGGCGAAAUACGAGUUGGUGCAUACUGUCCGAACCCAUAAGGGCUCUGACGAGAACAGUUAUAAUUGUGUAUUUCAAAGAGAGGACGAUAAAGGAAAAGUUGGAGUCUCUUUAGCUCGUGAGUUGAUGGCGGUUGCUGGAGACGCGCUAAAAACCAACAUUACUACUCUAGGCCCAUUAGUGUUACCAUGGUCGGAACAAUUUAUGUUUUUGGCAACCUUAAUUAGGAGGAAGGUUUUAAAACAAGUUAAAGUCAAACCAUACAUUCCCGAUUUUAAGAAGGCAUUCGAGCAUUUUUGUAUUCAUGCCGGUGGAAGGGCAGUGUUAGAUGAGAUAGAGAAGAAUUUGCAACUUAGUACUUGGCAUAUGGAACCUUCUAGAAUGACUCUUCAUAGGUUCGGUAAUACAUCAAGUAGCUCGCUUUGGUACGAGCUUGCCUACACCGAAGCAAAAGGUAGAGUCAAUGGAGGUGAUCGUGUUUGGCAAAUUGCUUUUGGUUCAGGUUUUAAGUGUAAUAGUGCGGUUUGGAAGUCUUUGAAAAAGGUUGAGGUUGGGAAGUCUAGGACUAACCCAUGGGUUGAUUCAAUAGAGAAGUAUCCUGUUAAGAUUAAUCUUGCUUAAGGUUGUACAAACAUUGUAUUGUAUGACUUGGUUGUAUCAUUAUUAUUAUUUACUUGGUUGGAAGGAAAGGAGGGUGGGUUUGGCCAAUACAUUUAUGAUUUUUAGCCUUGGGAUUUAUUUUUUUUAAGUACAAGACGUAUUUUUAAGGUGCAUAUAUCAGUGAUUUGUUUGGUUAUUUAAUUUAAAGAAAUGUUCACUUGAAAGUUGUAAGUGUAAGAUCGAUGAAUUGAAAAUUACUUUUAACAUUUAUCAUAAUGCAUUAUUUGAAAAA